AAUCUCAAUCUCCUCCACUCCCUCUCCCUCGCUCAGAUGAUGCAGAGUGCCAGCAAGUCCCUCAAUGGUGUCAUAUCUGUCCUUUUUAUUCAUUGCAGGGUUUAUUUUUAGCCUGAAACAACUGCUUCCUAAAAAUGGAGUUCCUAAUGACACAGGAGCUGGGCAGAGCUAUGUAAGGUAUCCAGGGCUUGGCCUCGCAGCUUCUCCUGUCUGUCUCUUUGUCUUCAGCCCAGGACUGCAAAGUUUGCUGCUUCCCACUGGCCUGGAUUGAUCAUUAGGAAGGCAGAGGAAACAUACACUAAGUUCAAACUUCACCCUGAGACUCUGGUUUCUGCUGGCUCUUUUUCCUUCCCUUCUCAGAUAUAUAAGAAAAGACACCCCACACUAUCUCCCAAUGAAGAUAGCUUGCUGGCUACUGGCAGGUUCUUACCUGUUCUUCUGCUGCAGGGCUGAAGAGGGACUGGACUUCCCCACCUACGAUGGGAAGGAUCGGGUGUUUGACCUGAACGAGAAGAACUACAAGCAGGCCCUGAAGAAGUAUGACGUGCUCUGCCUACUCUUCCAUGAGCCUGUGGGCUCUGAUAAAGUCUCUCAGAAGCAGUUCCAGAUGACAGAGAUGGUUCUGGAGCUGGCUGCCCAGGUCCUGGAAAUGAAAGGUUUCGGCUUUGGGUUUGUGGAUUCCAAGAAAGAUGCAAAACUAGCCAAAAAGCUGGGUUUGGAUGAAGAGGGAAGCCUCUAUAUCUUCAAGGGGGAGCGUAUGAUUGAAUUUGACGGGGAACUGGCUGCAGAUGUCUUGGUUGAAUUCCUCCUGGACUUGCUGGAGGACCCCGUGGAAAUCAUCAACAGCAAGCUGGAGCUACAGGCCUUCGACCGCAUUGAGGAUGAGAUCAAACUCAUUGGCUACUUCAAAGGAGAAGACUCUGAACAUUACAAGGCAUUUGAAGAAGCAGCGGAACACUUCCAGCCAUCCAUCAAAUUCUUUGCCACCUUUGACAAAGGGGUUGCAAAGAAACUAGCUCUGAAGCUGAAUGAGGUGGAUUUCUACGAGCCAUUCAUGGAUGAGCCAGUUCAUGUCCCCGACAAGCCUUACACAGAAGAGGAGCUGGUUGAGUUUGUGAAGGAGCACAAAAGAGCCACCCUGAGGAAGCUGCGUCCAGAAGACAUGUUUGAGACCUGGGAGGAUGACCUGGAUGGAAUCCACAUUGUGGCCUUCGCCGAAGAAGACGACCCGGAUGGCUUUGAGUUCCUGGAGAUUCUGAAGCAAGUCGCCAAGGAGAACACCAACAAUCCUGACCUUAGCAUUGUGUGGAUCGACCCUGAUGACUUUCCUUUGCUCAUCACCUAUUGGGAGAAGAUCUUCAAGAUCGACCUAUUCAAGCCACAGAUCGGGGUGGUAAAUGUCACAGAUGCAGACAGUGUUUGGAUGGAAAUCAAGGAUGAUGAUGACCUGCCCACAGCGGAGGAGCUGGAAGACUGGAUAGAGGAUGUGCUCUCUGGGAAGAUAAACACGGAAGAUGAUGACGAUGACGACGACGACGACGACAAUGAUGACGACGACGAUGAUGACGACGACGAUGAUGAUGAUUAGAUUUGACUCUGUACAGUCUGUCUUCUGGACAGUGAGCCAUUUUCACUUGCGGCAGGUUGCUGUGCCUUCUAAACGGCUGUCCCGCCUCCUCGGCCUUAUGAAGACUGUUUCCAGCGGUCACAGAACACCCGUCUCCUCCUCCUUUCCCAUCCCUCCUGCUCCCCACGCCAAAAAAACUGCUUGGCCUGGUUUCCAGAGGUUCUGCACACCCCCAGCUCUCAGUGAAAUCAGCGACAGCUGCAGAUGCUCAGUACUGCUGAAAAUCAGGCCUCACCGGUAUGGACAACAGAAAUCUGCAGGGAAUUUCCCCUGACGUUUCUGUGAGUUACUGCUGGGUAGUGGGUAGAUGGUAGAGGGCCUUUCUUCAUGCCACCAAAGGGCAUGGGGAACUAAUUUCUAUUCCCAUGAUAAUCGGCCUCUUAUAUUUUAAGACCUAAUCUCAUUGUAAGACAUCAGGAAGGUCACUGAAAAAUACUGCCAAUUUCAUUAAACAAAACAUCCUUCACAUCUGCUCAGCUAAACAGCACAGCAGAGACCACAGUAUCCCACAAACUCUGCUCUGGGUGUCUGGUACUUCUUCACUGAUGACAUCAUAAACACCGUGGGGUGUUUUUGUUUUUUUUUAAGGAUGGUAGUUAAAAUCUCAAUUAUCUGUAUAAUGAAAGAAUAUUCCCUUUGUGCAGAGCUGUGCAAAAAAAUUGCACCCAAAC